UUCCAAUUCUAGUCCAUUUAACAAAAGCCCAACAACAUUGUAGAAGUACAAAAUAGCGUGGCGCCUAAAACAAAAACCACAAAACACAAGGCGGGAAAAUCCAUCUCUCCCAUUUCUCAUUCUGACGGUAGCCAUGAACGGCGGAAACUCAAGAAAGCGUCAAGCUCCUACUCCACAUCCAUCACCAGCACAACCACCUAAAUAUCAUGCUUCUACAAUUGAAGAUGAAGAAUUUGACGAAGAUGUUUUCUUAGAAGAUCACCUCAUUGACGAAGACGCUCAAAUUCUUCGUGACAUUGAUGAACGCCAAGCUUUAGCUUCUCGUCUCUCCAAAUGGGCUCGUCCUCCUCUUUCUCAAUCGUACAUUUCACAAUCUCAGAGUAUAGUUUUUCAGCAAUUGGAGAUUGAUUAUGUGAUUGGUGAAAGCCAUAAGGAGAUUUUGAGUAAUCGGAGUGGUCCUGCUGCAAUUAUUCGGAUUUUCGGUGUUACUCGUGAAGGGCACAGUGUUUGCUGCAAUGUUCAUGGAUUUGAACCCUACUUCUACAUAAGCUGCCCAUCAGGGAUGGGUCCAGAUGAUAUAUCCUGUUUUCAUCAAAACCUGGAGGGGAGAAUGAGUGAGGCUAAUAAGAACACCAAGGUUCCCCAGUUUGUUCGACGUAUCGAGAUGGUACAAAAAAGGAGCAUAAUGUAUUAUCAACAACAAAGUUCUCAUCCUUUUCUGAAAAUUGUGGUUGCGUUGCCGUCGAUGGUCGCAACUUGUCGAGGGAUUCUAGAUCGAGGCAUACAAAUUGAUGGCCUGGGGACCAAAAGUUUCAUGACAUAUGAGAGCAACGUCCUCUAUGCUCUUCGUUUCAUGAUUGAUUGCAACAUUGUUGGUGGGAACUGGAUUGAGGUUCCUGUUGAAAAAUAUAGAAGAACAAGCAAGAAUCUGUCCUCUUGCCAGCUGGAAUUUGAUUGCUUAUAUACGGACUUGACAAGCCAUGCUCCUGAAGGUGAAUUUUCGAAGAUGGCUCCAUUUCGCAUUUUAAGUUUUGACAUUGAGUGUGCUGGGCGCAAAGGUCUAUUUCCCGAGCCCAAUCAUGAUCCUGUUAUUCAGGUGGCGAAUCUAGUAACAGUACAAGGUGAAAAUGAGCCAUUUGUUCGAAAUGUUAUGACCCUUAAAUCAUGUUCUUCCAUUGUUGGAGUUGAUGUCAUGUCCUUUGACAGUGAGAGAGAACUUUUGCUUGCUUGGAGGGAUUUAAUUCGCGAAGUAGAUCCUGACAUAAUUAUAGGAUACAACAUCUGCAACUUUGAUCUACCAUAUCUUGUCCAGAGAGCAAAUGCACUUGGAAUUGCGGAGUUUCCUAUUCUUGGUCGCAUAAGGAGCAGCAGGGUCCGUGUCAAAGAUACAACAUUUUCUUCAAGGCAGUAUGGAACAAGGGAAAGUAAAGAAGUUGCAAUUGAGGGGAGAGUACAAUUUGAUUUGCUUCAGGUCAUGCAAAGAGACUAUAAACUAAGCUCAUAUUCUCUAAAUUCUGUAUCAGCACAUUUCCUUGGCGAGCAGAAAGAGGAUGUCCAUCAUUCAAUUAUAACAGAUCUGCAAAAUGGGAAUUCAGAAACUAGGAGGCGUCUUGCUGUUUACUGUUUGAAGGAUGCAUACCUUCCUCAGCGGUUGCUGGAUAAGUUGAUGUUCAUUUACAAUUAUGUUGAAAUGGCCAGAGUGACAGGAGUCCCUAUAUCAUUUCUCCUCUCCAGGGGGCAAAGUAUUAAGGUUCUUUCUCAACUUCUAAGGAAGGCAAAACAGAAGAAUCUUGUAAUACCAAACGUCAAACAGGCAGGAUCCGAGCAAGGAACAUAUGAAGGGGCAACUGUCUUAGAGGCCAGAGCAGGAUUUUAUGAGAAGCCAAUUGCAACACUAGAUUUUGCUUCAUUGUAUCCAUCUAUCAUGAUGGCUUAUAAUUUGUGCUAUUGUACACUGGUAACACCUGAGGACAUCCGCAAUCUUAAUCUACCCCCAGAAAGUCUUAACAAGACUCCUUCUGGUGAAACCUUUGUCAAGCCUGAGCUCCAGAAAGGAAUACUUCCAGAAAUUCUUGAAGAGCUCAUAGCUGCUCGCAAAAGGGCCAAAGCAGAUUUAAAGGAAGCUAAAGAUCCUUUGGAGAAGGCUGUCCUUGAUGGUCGUCAGCUAGCUUUGAAGAUAAGUGCAAAUUCUGUUUAUGGGUUUACAGGAGCCACUGUUGGCCAGUUACCAUGUUUAGAGAUUUCUUCAAGUGUCACAAGCUAUGGUCGCCAGAUGAUUGAACUUACUAAGAAGCUCGUUGAAGAUAAAUUUACUGUUUCUGGUGGCUAUGAACAUACUGCUGAGAUUAUUUACGGGGACACAGAUUCUGUUAUGGUGCAAUUUGGUGUAUCUACUGUUGAAGAAGCAAUGAAACUGGGAAGGGAAGCAGCUGAAUACAUAAGUGGAGCUUUCAUUAAGCCCAUCAAACUAGAGUUUGAGAAGGUUUAUUAUCCAUAUUUGCUGAUUAGCAAAAAGAGAUAUGCGGGCUUAUUCUGGACAAACCCUGAAAAGUAUGACAAAAUGGAUACAAAAGGCAUUGAAACAGUUAGGAGGGACAAUUGCCUAUUAGUCAAAAACUUGGUCAAUGAAUGUCUUCAUAAGAUACUUAUUGAUAGAGAUGUCCAAGGAGCUGUCCAGUAUGUCAAGAAUACUAUUUCAGAUCUUUUAAUGAAUCGUCUAGACCUGUCAUUAUUGGUCAUUACAAAGGGGCUGACAAAAACGGGAGACAAUUAUGAAGUGAAAGCAGCUCACGUUGAACUUGCUGAACGUAUGCGCAAGCGAGAUGCUGCCACCGCUCCUGGUGUUGGUGAUAGAGUACCUUAUGUCAUUGUUAAAGCUGCCAAAGGUGCCAAGGCAUAUGAAAAAUCAGAGGAUCCCAUCUUUGUGCUCGAAAAUAAUAUACCAAUAGACCCACAAUAUUACCUUGAAAAUCAAAUUACCAAACCCAUUUUGAGAAUCUUUGAACCAAUAUUGAAAAAUGCAAGCAAAGAGUUGCUCCAUGGAAGUCACACUAGAUCCAUUUCCAUCUCUACUCCUUCAAACAGUGGGAUCAUGAAAUUUGCCAAAAAACAACUCACUUGCAUUGGCUGUAAAGCGUUGAUCAGUGGUUCCAACAAAACCCUUUGCUCUCAUUGCAAGGGAAGAGAGGCUGAACUCUAUUGCAAGACGGUGGCUAGUGUUUCUGAAUUAGAGUCUCUUUUCGGACGGCUCUGGACACAAUGCCAAGAAUGUCAGGGUUCCCUUCACCAGGAUGUUCUUUGUACAAGCCGUGACUGCCCAAUAUUUUAUCGGAGAAAGAAAGCACAAAAGGACAUGGCAGAAGCCAAGCUUCAGUUAGAUAGAUGGAAUUUCUGAACAAGGGGUUAGCAAGUCUGUGAAGUUGGCUUUUCUUCAUGUACCAAUAGAUUCUGUAAAACUCUUGUUGAGUUUUACAGCUGUGUACGCACAAAAUUUUGCUUGAAUUGGCACAAAUGAAACCUGCUUUGCAGUUAGGUGCGCUCUAAGAUGUCACAAGCCAUGCAAUAGCUUUUAUUGAAGUUCAGAAAUUUCAUCCUCUUUUUGUUCCUGCUCUACAUUUUGGAUGCAUGAGAGUAACGAUAGGAUGAAAGAAUCCUCGUUCAUCUGCACUGUGCUCGUCAUGUGAAAUGGGAAAGACUCCCCAGUCCCCAUAAUGUAAAAUCCAGAAACAAUCCCGUCUUUUCUGCAUUGGACAGAGUACAAAUUUCCAUGUCCAGUGUCUUGAUCUGAUAACAAUUUGUAAAAGGAAAAUGAGAUAGCGACUUCAAUCAAUCGACUGAUCUUUUUUGUAUAUGAUGUAAUGAUCAGUAGAGUUCUGUAGAACAGUAGCUAUAUGAACGAUCCAACAAUGUCCCAUUUUUCUGGCAACAGUUUAUGGGAUUAACAGUCCGACAGUUUAUUUAUAAAUGCCUCAUAACCAUUUUGUCCUUUUCGUUCUAA